AGGAAGGUUUGAACAUGAGUUGCAAGCGAUAGGACUACAGACGCUGACAGCCGUGAAAUCCCGCCCUCCUAAAACGACCGCCUCCAACCCCGGAAACCUGCUGUUUCAUUCUCUGCCAUAUAACCCUUUGAAGGAAGUGCGCGGGUGAAGACAGUGAGAUACGGUAGGAUUCUCAAGGCCAUCCUCUACAGCAGUCAUGCCACGCAUUGAAAAUGACAUCAAACUCGACUUCAAGGAUGUGCUACUCCGACCCAAACGUAGCACUCUUAAAUCCCGCAGUGAGGUGGAUCUCAUGCGCAGUUUCACAUUCAGAAAUUCGAAGAGCAGCUAUCGUGGGAUUCCCAUCAUUGCAGCAAACAUGGACACAGUGGGGACUUUUGAAAUGGCUGUAGCUUUUCAUCAGUUCAGUCUCUUUACAGCCAUUCAUAAGCAUUACUGUGUGGAUGACUGGAAGGACUUUGCAGUGAAGCACUCAGAAUGCUUACAGAGCGUGGCAGUCAGCACAGGGACAGGUGAUGGGGAUUUUGAUAAACUGGUGGCCAUUUUUGCCGCUGUACCUCAGAUUCAGUACAUUUGUGUUGAUGUAGCCAAUGGCUACUCCGAACACUUUGUCAACUUUGUGAAGGAAGUGAGAAAGAAGUUUCCUACACACACAAUCAUGGCUGGCAAUGUGGUGACUGGAGAGAUGGUGGAAGAACUGAUUCUUGCUGGUGCUGACAUUAUCAAAGUGGGCAUUGGACCAGGAUCUGUGUGCACCACUCGUAAGAAAACCGGUGUGGGUUAUCCUCAGUUGAGCGCAGUCAUUGAGUGUGCUGAUGCUGCACAUGGUCUGGGUGGACACAUUAUAUCUGAUGGAGGUUGUACCUGCCCAGGUGACGUCUCCAAAGCAUUUGGUGCGGGGGCUGACUUUGUGAUGCUUGGAGGAAUGCUGGCAGGUCAUUCUGAGAGUGGGGGUGAAAUCAUAGAGAAAAACGGCGAGAAGUACAAACUGUUCUAUGGCAUGAGCUCAGAUACUGCCAUGCAGAAGCACACAGGAGGUGUAGCAGAGUACAGGGCCUCUGAGGGCAAAACGGUCGAAGUGCUUUAUAAAGGCCCUGUGGAGUUGACUAUGAAAGAUGUGCUGGGUGGAGUACGCUCCACCUGUACCUACGUGGGUGCUGCUAAGCUUAAGGAGUUGAGUCGUCGUACCACCUUUAUUAGAGUCACCCAACAACUUAACACCGUGUUUGGAAAUGAUAAUUAGACCAGAUGCUGUAUUAAAGCAACUGUAUGGUCUAUCUCUCCUUUUUGGACUGGUAAGUGAAUACUGCAAACAUUUCCAAUGACUUUUUAAAUUUAAUCUUUUUAGUAAUUUACUACAUUGCAGUAUUAAAUCAGAGCAUACAUUUAGUUUAAUUUGUUACACUGUCCUCAAGAGUUUAUUUUGUGCGUUUUUUGUUUGGAAUCAUUUUCUUCAUCAGCCUUCACUCUGAAGCUCAACUCCUCAUCAUGAGUUUUAACUUUUUGAGAAGCCUGUUAGAGCCUUAUAUAUUAUCCAGAUACUGUGGGUACUGUUUUAAAAUCUGUUGUAAAUUUAGCUCAGUGUCUGUUUUGAUUGAUUUCUUUAUACUCUUUAUGAUUUGUGUUUCUUUACACAUUUUCUGGACCAACACCAAACCUUAAAAGGAUCAUCAUAGUGUUACACAAUAUGCUAUAAAUAUCUGUUACCAAAGCCAUGGUAUUAUUUUUUCACAUGCAAUGCACUCUUGCUCUUAAAAACUGAAUAUUAAAUGUGUUGUUAUGUAUCAGAUACUUUGUUCGACACAAUCUUUUCAAGACUUGAUCAGUUCCUAGUUUUAUCCUUUUAGGGCCAAUUUUAUCUGCCAGUUUACACUUCACUUAAUGUUGCAGUUUGUUCAGAUAACAAUAAAAACGAAUUAAACGCUGUUCCCCACUUAAAUUAUUUGGGUGGAGCAGGUUGGACACUGUUGCCUGUGAGUAAAAAUUUGGCUUGAUCUUAAUUAUUUUGCAAAUUUUCCAUGUUUGAAGAUCUGAAUAAUAUUCCAUAUGUUUCACUUUGUUUCAUUUUACUUCACAUUAUUUUAGAGUUGAUUGAUCACCUUUUUUGAGUUGUGAAAAAUAAACAAUCAUACAAACAUUGUGGUUUAACUUGUGUCUUUAGGGUUACAGAUACACAAUAUUUAAUACUAACAUUGUUGUGAUGGGUUUACAUCAAUGAAAAGAGUUACCUGAAGAUGCUAUGUACUGCUUGAUUUAAUUCAACAAUUGUUUAAUAAAAUGGUGUUCAUUUCA